CUUCUUUCGUGACUCAAGAGCACUCUUGAGCCUCGGCUUCACCUUUCAGCUUUCACAUAUUUAAUGUCAAUUAUUUCCUGUCUUGGGAUCUCAGCGUCACCUUCUCCCUAAAAUUUUGGUCCUGGACGUGGUAAGGUGCCCGGCAACGUUGCGGCCCUUCUCAAAAACAAACUUCCAUCAUGUAUCUACGACCUGUUCACACAGAUCUUCACUUCCCGACACUAUACAAGUUCAUCCGGAGCAAUCCGCUGGGUAUCGUCACAACAGCAAUCCAUUCCCCCAACUAUCAUACCAUCCAAAGCAGUCAUGUGCCGUGGGUGCUCGAUGUCGAAGACGAAGAAAAUGCAACCGACGAGCCAAGAGCUAGACUCAGAGGCCACCUCGCGCGAGCAAAUCCCCAAACAAAAGCCCUCAUAGAAGCAGCCACCAAAUCUUCUUCCAACAAAUUCCAAGAUGAAAUCAUGGUCCUCUUCAACGGCCCAGUUCACCAUUACGUAACACCAAAAUUCUACAUCGAGACCAAACCAAGCACCGGGAAAGUAGUUCCCACAUGGGACUACUCCGCAGUCCAGGUCUACGGCACCGCAACCAUAUUCCACGACUCCUCAAACCCUGAACACCAGGAGUUCUUGUCUAAGCAAAUCAACGAUCUCUCCAAGCAGAGUGAGGAGGAAGUCUUUGGAUAUACAGGCAAAGACGGAGCACAGAAAGCGUGGAAUGUAGGCGAGGCGCCGGAGAGUUAUGUGAACUUGUUGAAGAAGGCGAUUAUUGGGAUUGAGAUUGAGGUUACGGGGUUGGCGGGGAAGUUCAAGAUGAGUCAGGAGCUGGCGGGAGGGGAUCGGAGGGGAGUGGUUGAGGGGUUUAGGAAGCUGGGGACGGAGGAGGGGGAGCUGGUUGCAAGGACUGUGGAGGAGAGGGGGGAGUUGAAGGAUAGAAAGAAGGGUUAAUUUUUGUUCUUGUUGCUAUGGCUUACCGCGAGCCUCUUUGAGCUCGAGACUCGCGAACCCUAGGUCUGUAUUGUUAGUUCAAUGAAAGAUCUCAAGCAAGUUCUCGCCUGGCAUUAGGAGGCAUGGCCCCUGGGGUUACUCUUGGUUGAAAGAGCAGGUCAGGCUGUGAGAGAAGUUGGCCCAAUCGCUGCGAUCUCCCCCAGCCUCAAUGAGAGAGCGCACAGAGUAGAUCCGUGAAUAGACCAGGACCGGGAAAGCUGAAUUGAAAAGUGCUUAGAUUCUAGAAUGGGAACCUGGAAGAAGAGGAACUCUGCUUGAUCUGGAUAUCACCUUUCUCUGUACCGUCGUGGCUGUAGAGGCUUUCUCCACUCUGUGGACGGCACUUGUCAC